GUGGUCGAUCCCACAAAGCCAGCUCUGGACGAGCACUUCCCCAGCGUGGUGCUGGAGCCCAGCGGGGCGCCCACGGCGCGGCCGGGCAGCCUGUCCAGGGACAGCCUGGCGUCCGACAAGAGCGUGGACUACAGCAGGUCACAGUGCUCCUGCAGCAGCCUCAGCUCCCGCUGCGACUACUCGGAAGACUUCCUCUCCGAGUGUUCUGAGACCAAGAGGAGAAACUGCUCGGAGCAGCCCGCGGGCAAAGGAAAGGGGGAGAAGAAAAGAUGCAACAUCCCCACACAGAAAGGCCGGAAGGAAGUCUCAUUUGAAAAAAAGCACACCUGGAACACAUCAUUUUUAAAUUCCCAAAUCAAUAUGAUUACCCAGAGAAGAGAUGCAAUGGCUCAACGCAUACUGUCAGCACGGAUCCGCAAGAUCAAAGAACUGAAGAACGAACUGGCUGACAUACACCGGAAGCUAGAGGCCAUCGUCAUAGAGAACCAGUUUUUAAAACAACUUCAGCUCAGACACUUGAAAGCUAUAGGAAAAUACGAGAAUUCCCAGAAUAACCUACCUCAGAUUAUGGUUAAACAUCAGAAUGAGGUAAGAAAUCUAAGGCAGCUACUUAGGAAAUCCCAGGAAAAGGAAAGAGUCAUUUCCAGGAAGCUCAGAGAGACUGACAGCGAGUUACUGAAGACCAAGGACGCGCUGCAGGCUCUGCAGAAACUGUCGGAGGAUAAAAACCUGGCGGAGAGGGAGGAACUGACACACAGACUGUCAAUCCUGACAUCCAAAAUGGAGGCCAACGACAAGAAGAUACAGAGCCUGGAGAAGCAGCUAAGGCUCAACAACAGAGCCUUUAGCCGGCAGCUGGCCACCGAAAACCGCAAGACCCUGACAGCCCAGACAGCCACCAAGAGCCUGCAGAUGGAAGUGAGGCGCCUCCAACAGAAGCUUAAGGAGAAGGACCGUGAGCUUGAAAUUAAAAACAUCUAUACUAACAGAAUUCUUAAAAAUCUGCUUGAGAAAGAUGAGUAUCCAAAAGCCGUUUCAACCAAAUCGGUACAAGCAGACAAAAAAAGCUUGCCGUCCGUCAGUGUGCGACACCAAGAGACGCAGAAGUCGGCAGAGCUCUCGGGCCUGAGCGCGAAGGAUAAAAAAGCAACAAGAAACAUUGGCCAGAAAGAAAAAAUAAUUGAAAUUAAUUAUGAAAUUCCUCAUUGUAUCAGUAAACUACCAAACAAAGAAGAUUCUAAGAGAAAACAUGAAGCUAUACCGAAGGAAGAGAAACAUCUGGAAGCGCAGGCACCUCUGGAGAAUACCGGAAGGCAGAGAGAGAAGAAGGAAGACCUGGAGAAGAACACCGCUUCAGGGAAAGAAAAGCCAGAGAGCCCGCCAGCACGGAGAAGUGAGGAGGGCCAGGAGGGAGCAGGUGAGCAGCGCGAGGAGCCAGGCCAGGCAGAGGCUGCCAGCGCCGCGGGGCCCUGGAGGCCCAGGAAGCGCUACUCCUUCACCGAAACCAUCGAGAACCUGCACCACGGCCUGCCCACGUCGGGCGCCACGAGAUGCCACCACGGCCCCGGCGCACGCCACAGCCACCCGGGGGACGCGAGGCUGGAGCCCUGCGCCGGCGCCUACGAGCCCUCCUUCGGGAAGUCUUCCAGAACCAAGGCCAGAGACGCGGCCUUCCGAGAUAAGAAGAGCAGUCUCAUGGAGGAACUCUUCGGAUCGGGCCAGGUCUUCCAGCACGGCCAGGCGAGCAGCGGCGUCCCGGGCGCGUGUGAGACACCCAAGCCCAAGGCGAUGGCCCGGCUGCCGCCCAGCCAGGCGUCGGCCAGCAACGCUUUCGGGGAUUCUAAGGUAACGGUCGUGAACUCUGUGACGGCGUCGUCUUCACCCACAGAAGAAACGAGAAAGAUACUUAUUUAA